CCGGCGGGAUGAGCGGGAGCGGCAACCCCGGGCCCGGCGCGGCGCCCUGCCGCUUCGCCCACUACUUCGUGCUGUGCGGCAUCGACGCGGAGAGCGGGCUGGAGCCCGACGAGCUGGCAGGAGAGAAUUUUGACCAGAGUCCCCUAAGAAGAACCUUCAAGUCCAAAGUUUUGGCCCAUUAUCCUCAGAACAUCGAGUGGAACCCCUUUGACCAGGAUGCUGUCAACAUGCUGUGCAUGCCCAAGGGGCUGUCUUUCAGGACGCAGGCAGAUAACAGAGACCCGCAGCUGCACUCGUUCAUCAUCACCAGGGAGGAUGGCUCCCGCACGUACGGCUUUGUGCUCACCUUCUACGAGGAGGUCACGAGCAAGCAGAUCUGCACAGCCAUGCAGACGCUGUACCAGAUGCACAACGCCGAGCAGUACAGCAGCGUCUGCGCCUCCUCCUCCUGCAGCAUGGACUCCCUGGCCAGCAGCAUCGACGAGGGCGAUGCCACGUCCCUCGCCAAGCUCCAGCGCUACAACUCCUACGACAUCAGCAGGGACACGCUCUACGUCUCCAAGUGCAUCUGCCUCAUCACCCCUCUGCCCUUCAUGCAAGCCUGCAAGAAGUUCCUGAUCCAGCUCUACAAGGCAGUGACCUCCCAGCAGCCACCACCUCUGCCCCUGGAGAGCUACAUCCACAACAUCCUCUAUGAGGUGCCCCUGCCGCCCCCGGGGAGGUCGCUCAAGUUUUAUGGGGUUUAUGAGCCCAUCAUUUGCCAGAGACCUGGCCCCAACGAGCUGCCGCUCUCUGACUACCCUCUGAGGGAGGUCUUCGAGCUGCUGGGCCUGGAGAACCUGGUCCAGGUCUUCACCUGUGUUCUUCUGGAAAUGCAGAUCCUUCUGUACUCACAAGAUUAUCAGCGGCUGAUGACGGUGGCAGAGGGAAUCACAACGCUGCUGUUCCCGUUUCAGUGGCAGCACGUGUACGUCCCCAUCCUUCCUGCCUCUCUCCUGCAUUUUCUGGAUGCUCCUGUUCCCUACCUGAUGGGGCUGCAGUCUAAGGAGGGAACCGACCGCUCCAAGCUGGAGCUGCCUCAGGAGGCAAACUUGUGCUUUGUAGACAUCGAUAACCAUUUCAUCGAACUGCCGGAGGAAUUCCCGCAGUUCCCCAACAAGCUGGAGUUUAUCCAGGAAAUCUCUGAGGUUCUCCUGCAGUUUGGGAUCCCUCCAGAAGGCAACCUGCAUUGCAGUGACAGUGCCACCAAACUCAAGAACUUGGUUCUUAGCGACCUGGUGAACGACAAGAAGAAUGGGAACAUCCCCAGCAAUGCCCUCAACAUGUACGAGCUGCUGAAAGGCAACGAGACGAUCGCCCGCCUGCAAGCCCUGGCCAAGAGAACAGGGGUGACCAUGGAGAAAAUGACCAUCACCACCCCCCUCACAGACGAGAAGGAUGGGAAGUUGUCGUGUGAGGAGCUGGAGCUGAGGGACUACAAACUGAACGUGCAGCUCCGCGAGGUUUUCGCCAACCGCUUCACGCAGAUGUUCGCGGACUACGAGGCUUUCGUCAUCCAGGCUUCCCCCGACAUGGAGUCGUGGCUGACAAACAGGGAACAAAUGCAAAACUUUGACAAAGCUUCCUUCCUUUCGGACCAACCCGAGCCUUACCUGCCAUUCCUUUCACACUUCAUCGAAACACAGAUGUUUGCAACCUUCAUAGACAAUAAGAUAAUGUCCCAGUGGGAAGAGAAGGACCCUUUUCUACGAGUUUUUGACUCCCGAAUUGAGAAAAUAAGGCUAUAUAAUGUCAGGGCCCCUGCACUGCGGACAUCCAACUACCAGAAAUGCAGCACUUUGAAAGAAGCAGGUCAGCUGUCUAUUCAGCGUCUAGUUAUGGCAGAUAUUGUGGCACCAGAACCUCAUUUUCUGUCUUGUGAAAAGCAGCAAACUGAUACCCAGUCCAUCGAGCAGCGGCUGAUGAAGAUUGACCACACGGCCAUCCACCCUCACCUGCUCGACAUGAAGAUUGGCCAGGGGAAGUAUGAACAAGGAUUUUUCCCAAAGCUGCAAUCAGAUGUCUUGGCAACAGGACCCACCAAUAACAACCGCUGGGCCAGCCGCAGCGCCACCACGCAGCGCAGGAAGGAUCGCCUGCGGCAGCACUCGGAGCACAUCGGGCUGGACAACGACAUGAGGGAGCCAUCGGAGGAGCUUUUGCUUCGUCAGAACUCAAUGGCCUUCUGGGAGUGGGAUCAGGGACCACCCCCUCCUGCACGGCCUCCUAAAAAAUCCUUCUCUGAAUGCUGCCUGAAAUACAUGCAGGAGGCGAGGAGUUUAGGUAAAAAUUUACGGCAGCCCAAACUGUCAGACCUCUCUCCAGCUGUGAUUGCACAGACCAACUGGAAAUUUGUGGAAGGGCUGCUGAAGGAAUGUCGCAUGAAGACUAAACGCAUGUUGGUAGAGAAAAUGGGCCAUGAAGCAGUUGAGCUGGGACAUGGAGAAGCCAACAUAACAGGUCUGGAGGAAAAUACACUGAUUGCCAGUCUCUGUGAUCUGCUAGAAAGAAUCUGGAGCCAUGGUCUACAAGUCAAGCAGGGGAAAUCUGCAUUGUGGUCCCAUUUGCUUCAGUACCAGGAGAGAGAAGAGAAGCAAGAGCACAGUGCAGAGUCCCCAGUUGGUGGUGGAACAGAAAGACGAAAGUCUGAUACAGGAAUUAUUCUGCCUACAUUGAGGGUUUCCCUGAUACAAGAUAUGAGGCACGUUCAGAACAUGAGUGAGAUAAAGACUGAUGUGGGGCGAGCCCGAGCCUGGAUAAGACUUUCUCUGGAGAAGAAGCUUUUGUCUCAGCACCUGAAGCAGCUGCUUUCCAACCAGGCACUUGCAAAGAAACUUUACAAGCGUUACGCUUUCCUGCGCUGUGAAGAAGAACGGGAACAGUUUCUGUAUCACCUGCUCUCACUCAAUGCUGUGGAUUACUUCUGCUUCACAAGUGUCUUCACUACAAUCAUGAUCCCUUACAGGUCAGUGAUAAUUCCCAUCAAAAAACUAAGCAAUGCAAUAACCACAUCAAACCCGUGGAUAUGUGUGUCAGGAGAGCUGGGAGACAGUGGCGUCAUGCAGAUUCCUAAAAACCACCUAGAAAUGACGUUUGAGUGCCAGAACUUGGGGAAGCUGACGACUGUUCAGAUUGGUCAUGACAACUCAGGGCUGCUGGCCAAGUGGCUAGUUGAUUGUGUCAUGGUCAGGAAUGAAAUAACAGGACACACGUACAAGUUCCCCUGUGGGCGGUGGCUGGGAAAAGGCGUGGAUGAUGGCAGUCUGGAGCGAAUCCUCAUUGGAGAGCUGGUGUCCUCCACCUCUGACGAAGAGCUGGGAAAGCAGUGCCGCACCCCGCCCCAGCAGAAGUCUCCCACUGUGACUCGGCGGCUGAGCAUCACUUCCCUCACAGGGAGGAACACCAAGCCUAAUGCAGGGCAGAUCCAAGAGGGAAUCGGGGAAGCUGUGAACAACAUUGUGAAACACUUCCACAAGCCAGAGAAAGAGAGAGGGAGCCUUACCAUUCUGUUGUGUGGAGAAAACGGUCUGGUUGCAGCACUAGAGCAGGUCUUCCACCAUGGAUUCAAAUCAGCUCGCAUUUUUCAUAAGAAUGUCUUCAUCUGGGAUUUCAUAGAGAAAGCUGUUGCUUACUUUGAAACCAGUGAUCAGAUUGGAGACAAUGAGGAGGCCCUUUUGCUUCAGAGAUCUUCAUGCAAAACUUUCUGUCAUUAUGUCAAUGCCAUCAAUACAGCUCCAAGGAACAUUGGAAAGGAUGGCAAAUUCCAAAUCCUGGUUUGCCUGGGGACAAGGGACCACUUGCUGCCUCAGUGGAUCCCGCUGCUGGCGGAGUGCCCGCCCAUCACGAGGAUGUACGAGGAGAACGCUCUCCUCCGGGACCGCAUGACUGUCAACUCCCUUAUCCGAGUGCUGCAGACAUUGCAAGAUUUCAACAUCAUCCUAGAAGGAUCGCUCAUUAAAGGAGUGGAUGUUUAGCAUGGCUUUGCUGAGAACUUCAUUGCUCCUUUCCCAAACAAGCAAACCACAAUUGGAGACCUGUCAGGACUUGAAUGCCAUGGUAGUGCACCACUGUAAGGCAAAGCUACUGGUGGAAGCAGGAUUGGGAAGCUCAGUUUGUGCCCGAUGGGGACUGGCCUCUAAAGCUGCAGAAAGCUAAGAUGCAGUAUUGUAGUUUAUUUGAAACAGAAAUUUAGUACAAAAAAUAGAGUAUUUUCAUGUGUUAGAUGUGUGUAAAUAUGCUAUCUUUCUUUAAGAAAUUAUAUUACUCUAAGAAAUUUUUCUUAGAGUGAAUGUUCUUGUUCUGACUAUGAGUAGCUUAAACCCAGGGGAAGGACUUGGGGGAGGGAGGGAAGGACCAAGGUGGGAAGGGAUGCCGCUACUUGCUUGCGAGGAAGAAGCCAAUUAACGUGUAAAUACAGUGCAAACUCAGCAGGGCUUUUUUCAGGUAUUGCAAAUUAAUACAGCAAAUAUCCUUAUGUAGCCAUUGUGAUCGUGUCACUCUUGGAAAUGCUGUAAGCAUAUGCUGGUCUACCCUGCUGUACAUGGUCUCUCUUAGUUUGUUGUUUGUUCAAAGACUCACCUUCCCAUGCAUGGAAGUAGUGAGUUGCUUUUUUUUUUUCUGUAAGGUCUUUUGUGUCACUCCUGUUGAUCUCCAAAAGGGGAGACAAGUGUUGGAAUGCUUAAACACUGGAGAGAAGGACUGCUGUCAGCCGGAGAGGAUGAGACACCUGUUGAAGCCUUGCUGCUGCAGCCUGAGAUGAGGAAUGGUGGCUUGCGUGACUUGCUCAGUGUGUCCCUUCCCUGUCUAGAUGUUCUCAUGAUUCUCCCUCAGCCACUUUGUGUUGUGGAUGACCUUUUUUUUUUUUCCUCCUGAUGAAGAAUUUGGUUUAUGCCAAAUUCUUGCUGUACUUGAGAAGAAUCAUUGCUGUAGAGCAACAAACACUGCUGUUGCUGUGCUACCAAACUGUAUCAGCAGGCUUUGAAACGCUGACAGGUUGUGAGUCUUCCUUUAUCCUGCAGAAUGAGUGAUCCUAGGGGAGUACAGGAUCUUAUCUUAGAUGGCUUUUUUUUUUUUUUUAAUUAUCCAGCUACAAAAAGAAAAGGAAUUAAAGACAUAAGGCAAAAGGAGGAAAAAUAAUCUCACGCUGGUAUUUUGAGGCUUCUCUCCUACACUUUCCAGUUAAUAUGUUACUAAUACAGUGCAUAUGUGGAGAUACAGUUCUUGAUGAAAUGCUGGGAGCAACUGUAUGGUACAAAUUGAACAAGAGAUUAUAUCAAAAUCACCUUGUGAAUACCAUGCAGCAAAUACAGAGUGUAUUUUCCAUUGUUGUGGAUGGGAGUUGGAAGGGUCUGAUGACACAGUUAGCUUCACCUGAUUUUAAUUUUUGGAAGUUAGUUUAAAUACAGGUUUUUGUUUUCACUUGUUUGUUCCCUACAAUCUUGGGCCUUUGGUCAGUGGAUUCUUUGGAGGUCUCACUGUCAGCUGAGGCUUGGGAAAGGCCCCUGACUGGUUCUGUAAGUGUGCUGCCUUGCACUGUGCUCUCAGGUGGCAUCAGGAGGGGCUGUGCAAUGGUGGACAGUGGCAGGUCUUCUUCCUUGUCUCCCAUCCCUCUUUCCACCAUAGUGUGCACAUGGUAGAAAGAGGGAUGGGAGAUAAGGAAGAAGAAAGAGGAUGAAAAUUAGGGUUUGCUUUUCUCACCUGCCUUUUGUCAAGCUUCUCUACUUUCCUGUGGUCCCUCUGCUGCUCAGAACAGCACUCAAUUCAGUGUCAAAGUUUCAUGUCAGACUCCCAGCCAGAAGAAAACUCUUCAUGUAACUCUGUUUCUUUGGGGAGUUUUAUGUUAUAGAAGUCUUUUUGUUUCUAGGAAAGAAGUAAAAUAACACUGUCAAGGAGCCUUCCAUUUUAAUGAGAGUUCCGGCUUUCAAUAACCGUUCUUUCCUCCUGAGCUUGUGCUUCCUUAAACUGACUGAACUCAUCCCAAAUACUGCAGGCAGCACUGCCAUGUCACUGCUGUGGGUGUGAGUAACUAAUGUAAAGGCUGUGAAUGUUGUCUGAGUUAGUAGCCAGAGCCCACAGCUGUGUGACAUCUCUUACAUUUCCAGAAAUGUGAAAUUUGGGGUGUUAGGAUUUUCUGUGUGGCCAGGCAUGUCUGCUUAAAGUCAGCAGACAAAGCAUGACAGCCCUUCAGCAGCAAUUGAAAAUGUGUCCCUGUACUUAACUCUAUCAAUGAAUUAUACAUUUAGCACCAGAAACCAUGUGGCAGCAUUAUUUGGUAAUGACUGCUUAGGAUGUUUUGAUUUCUAUUACAACUCAGGCCUUUCAUGUCUAAUGACUGCUGUACAGGAUUUUUUCACACCCAGCCCAGUCUAAGUGGCUUUCAUUUUACUGAAAUAACCACCUCUUUAGUCCUUGGAUUAUUCACAGCAUCAUCUGCAUUUGCAGGAUGGAUGUUUCCCAAAGUACAUUGCUGCAGACUUCUCCAAAAGCCGUAUGACUGGCGCAGUUGUAACAUUCAUCUGACGUGACGCGGGUUAAGUGCAAGCAGGAUAAAGGAGAAAUGCACCUCUAAAGGUCAUUCAUUUAAAUUAAUAAACCACAUACAGAGAAAAAAGGCAAUAACUACAUUAAGUCUUUCUUAAGUUAAAAGGAGUCAAAACCUGAGAAUUUUUAAAAUUCAGAUCAGGGCCUUCCCCCAUUUCUGACUACAUUAAGAAACCUUUAGCACUUAACACAACUUCACCUCAGCUUUUUCAGCAAGUGUUGACUUGUUUGGUUUUGUCAGGUUUCACAUCAUAUUAAUAAUAAUAAUACAAUAAAAACUAUGUGUGUCUCAUGUUUCCUUGUAGGCAAUAAACCACCCCAAGAUACGUUGAAAGGGGCACAGCUGAGUGCCUCAGAUUCCUAGAGUAGUUAUUUGACAACCUUGGGAGAAUGGUUCUUCAUAGUGAAUUUUUAUUCUACUGUGUAUGAUUUUUUUUUUAAUGGACUGCUUUUGUUGAUUGGAAACUGUGAGGUUUUUUUCUGUAAGGUUUACAGAAAUUAUUCUACCCACUAGAAUGGUGAGAAACCCAUCAGGAUUCUUCUAAGCUAACACAGCUUUUAUUUCAGUGUUAAAGCACCUUCUUUGGUUGAGAAAGGGAAUCUUGGAAAAGACCAAAGCUCUCUGGUAUCUGCUUUGUAAAAAAAAAAACAAAAAAAUUCCUAUCCAAUGCCCAUCUUGGAAUGUCUGAGUUUGCAUAGUCCAGUUGUACUAACAGCCAGCAUGGUAACUUGAGGGAGUCAGAGAAUCUAAUGCCUCACUGUGUACAAAAUGUGUAUUUAUAAUUCUCUGAAAUAAAUGAAGUUGUACUGUUUAGUGAAUAAUCUCAUGUUUAUUCCAAGUUGGUUUGUGAAAUUAGCUAUCAUUGUUCAAACACAAUUUUAGUGGUUUUAGGGUAGUUGCGCGGCAGGUUUGGGAGAAUUCCUGCUUUCAAUCAAAUGAAGGUGCGCAUCGUGAGGGGAAGUGUUGUGUGUUACACUUGAAAUGUACAAAUGUGCCCUGUAUAGCUUAAAAUGAUUCCUAAAUGUCUCCAUUAAGUAUAUUUUGUCUUUACAUUAUUACUAAUGGAAUAAGAACUGGAUUAUUUUCAAGACAACAUUAGUAAAAGUAUUGUUAUAUCAAGCACUUUAACAUACACACCACAAACCGACAUGGGUUUUUCAGGUUUUGAAGUACAUUGAAAUACAGCUUUUCAUGCUAUGUCCUUUACAAAUAAAACUGUGACAAUAA